CCAAAACGACAGGUUGUAUCAUGUCGUUUUAUCGUCUCACCGAAUUACACUGUUGUCUUGGCAACCGUGGAAAAGGGGCAGUGCAGUUCUAAGCUUCAAUCUUGGGAAAUUGAUGAUGGGCCACCCUGUAAAUCUUCUGCAUGGAACUGUUCUCUCCAACAAAUUAUAUUUCAGUGACUUUCCCAAGUUGUUUAAACAAAUAAGAUAUGCUCAUACUGGAAAAUUUGCCAAGUUUCUUGAGUUUAAUGGAGCCCCACUGCCUUUGCAAGGCAGUGGGGACAUAACAAAUCAUGUUGCGAACUUGUUUAACCAUAAGAUUUACUUUAGUAAUGGUGGAGAGUUGAAUGGUAUUCCUCAUAUACAAACUCUUAGAGAAUUUCCUAGGGAGGAGCUUUUUGGAAAAGUUGUCAUGGUCAGAUUUGAUUCUAACAUAUUAGUCAAGAGAGAGUGCGACUUGAAGAAUGAAUCAGAUUCUAAUGCAGUAUAUACAAUUAAAUAUUUGCAUAAAGCUGGGGCAAAUGUCAUCUUGGUCAGUGAUUGGAAUAUGAAUAUUCCAGAACAUCACACAGAUUCAGUUACAGAUUUCUUAUCAGAAGUUCUUCAAAUACAAAUUGUUCCACUCCAUGCCAUGUAUUUUAAGAAGCAAGCAAAGAUGAAUAGCCAUGAGAAAGAGAAUAUCCAUCUUCUUGAGAAUCUUUCUAAUUUCAAAGAGGAAGUUGCUAAUAGUUUGGAGUUUUCUAGAAUAUUAUCAUCAGGAGUUGAUAUCUUUGUCAACGACUCCUUCUCCAACUGUCAUAAAGUUCUAGCCUCUACUGUUGGUGUUACCCGUUUCUGCUACGCCUGUAUAGCUGGUUUUCAUUUUGAGGAGAGGCUUGAUCAACUGAAGAAUCUUGCAGAAGCCAGCACAAAGCCAUAUGUAGCAAUUAUUGGAGGGGGUAAUCUUUAUGAUAAAGCAGCUUCUUUUCAGUUCUUAGCUUCCAGAUGCCAAGUGUUUGUUUUUGUGGGCAUGAUGUCAUUUCAAGUAAUGCACGCAUUAGGAGUAUCAAUUCCGUGUGAUUUAGUUGACCAUCAAGCAGUUAAUGAAGCUCUAGAUAUAGUGAGACUUGCUCAAGAUAGAAACGUGCAGCUUCUGUAUCCAAAAGACUUUUGGUGCCAGAAAAAGAGUGAUCCAAAGCAAAUGCAAUUAUUUCGUUCUCAUGGAAUUUUGGAUGAUUGGGUACCUGUGGACCUAGGACCUGUAUCAUUGGAUGAAAUCGACUCUACACUUAGAACUUGUAAGAAAAUAAUUUGGAUUGGUCCUGUGAAAUUUGAUUAUUCAAGUGAAUACACCAACGGGGCUUCUAAAUUGGCAAGAAUUCUAGACAAACUAGGCCAAAACAACUGUGAAAUAACAGUUGUUGGGACUAUGGCAAGCAAACUAGUGAGACAGGAAAAAAGUUCAUUGUCCUUUAUAAAUAUCAUUGAGGAUGCUUCUGUUGUAUGGGAAUUUCUCAAAGGAAGAAAGCUCCCUGGUGUUAUGGCUGUCGACAGGGGAUACCCUUUUGAGAUCAACUGGAGCAGCAUUUAUUCUGACCCAACUCAGUCUCUGGUUGUGGAUAUUGGAAGUGGCAAUGGGCUUUUCCUUCUUGAAAUGGCUAGAAGGAGGCAAGAUUUAAACUUCCUCGGUUUGGAGAUCAAUGAAAAGCAUGUCUUGCGCUGCCAGGAUUCUAUUCAUCAAUAUGGCAUAAAGAAUGGGUACUUUGUUGCUACCAAUGCAACAUCAACAUUCCGUUCUAUUGUUUCUACUUACCCAGGACAAUUAGUUCUUGUCUCAAUACAGUGUCCAAACCCCGAUUUCAAUAAGCCUGAGCACAGAUGGAGGAUGCUUCAGAGAUCUUUAAUUGAAGCAGUAGUGGAUCUUCUAGCACCCAAUGGGAAGAUCUAUCUGCAAUCUGAUGUAGAAGCCGUGGCAAUAAGAAUGAAAGAACAAUUUUUGAGAUACGGCAAGAGUAAGCUUGAUUUGGAGUAUGGACAAAGUGAGUGGCUUGAGGAAAACCCAUUUGGAGUAAGAUCAGAUUGGGAAAAACAUGUUUUAGAGCGUCAGGCCCCGAUGUACAGGAUGAUGUUUUCUAAAUCAUCUGGUACUUAAGAAGUUUAGAGUUGCUAAGGAUGUAAUCCAGAAAUCUGGCUGAUGCAUCAAUUCUUCAAAGGGUUACUAAUAAUUUGCAGAAUCUAUCACACAGCUAAUGAUUUCUCCAUGCCGGGGCUGUGAUGUAUUUGAAGGUAAUAGGAGCAUUACACAUUUCCCUUUCAAUUUUGUCUUGAAUAAAUAGUGAAUUUCGUUCAUAAAAUUUCAUCUUGUUAUUGUAUUAGUUCUUGAAACUAAGAAAAACUCAAAUAAGUACUUGAAAUAUUUGAGUUUUGUUUAAGUUCCUAUAGUUAACUCUCUUUUUGUCAUUUUGAUCCUUAGAUCCAUGACUGAAUUGAUAAUAAUAACAUAUGUUCUGAGAUCAAAAUAAAAAGAGAGAUUAAUUUGGGAAAUUUAAAUAAAACCUUUAAACAAUUCAGGGACU